AUGAGAGUUGAGGUGUGGAACUGUCGGGACUUGGGACAGUGCCUCACAGUUCGACGUCUCAAGGAGAUACAUAGGGUGUAUCUCCCAGACAUGCUGUUCCUAGUGGAAACUAAGAAGGUUGAUGAUUAUGUUCGGGACAUAGGAAGUCAGUUAGGUUAUGAUCAGAUGAAGAUUGUGUCACCGCAAGGUUUAAGUGGAGAGUUCUUGGAUUUAGCACAGUCAGAUCACAGACCUUUGAUAGUCUCAAUUGAGUAUGAGGGCAGAGUGAAGAGAGGACAGUUUCGUUACGAUAAGAGACUAGCUCAGGAUGAAGACUUUGUUCAAACGGUGGUUAAUUUCUGGACAAACAGAAAUCAGGUGCAUCUGGAAUUUUCAUCUAAACUUAAACGAUGCCGCAGAGAAAUGGCUAAAUGGAAGAGACGACAUAGAGUCAAUGCAGCUGAAGAUAUCCAAAUGAUCCACAGUCAAUUGGAUAUGGCGCUACGGGAUCCACAUAGAGCAUCAUGGGAAAUAAAGAAACUAUGA